CAUAAGUGUUGGAUGGGAUCGGGCUAUCCAUGUACACGCUGCGGAAGUGGUAAAUAACAUAGCUCUCGGCACUCGGCGACUCGCGAAUGCGCAUGAUGGGGACGUCUUGUGUGUUGCUUACUGUCCAGCAUUGAACGUCUUCGCCACUGGAGGUGGAGACCGAGUCAUCGCACUGCGGGAAUUGGAAAAACUAAGGUUUUUAGGUGCGCUCCUGGGUCAUCCAGGUCGAAUCACAGCGUUGGCGUUUGUGGGUCUGGGUCUACUCAGUGGCGACAGCGAAGGAAAUGUACUAAUUUGGAGGCUAGAUGCGGAAUCUCUGAAAGGUGGGGACUCAACGCGAGGAGAGCUAUCAGAAGUUGCUUUGGUGUCGCGAUUUUUGAACGUUCGAUCGCCUCUGGACGUCAAGCAUGCCAUUUCCAGUUUCGCAGUGUAUGGUGAGAGAUUUGAUGACAAUGAUGGUGGUGGUGCUAGUGCGCAAGCGCAUUCUCAGUCAACAAAUAGAGGAGCAGCAAGUAGGUCGAGCAAAGACAAGAAUCUGAACCAGGGCCAUCAGAGGACUUCUGCUUUAGAUCACGAUGAAGACCCUGCUGACUUCUUCGAGGACGUCGAAGACGAUGAAACAACUACUGGCAUCAUUCAACUCUACAUCGCUGACGAUGUUGGACGCGUGCGGUGUUGGGACCUAAGCUUAUUGACUGCGAUCGAGCCCAACUUGUUUCCGCCUGGGUCGAUGCCUCACUCCAGGACUAGCGAUAGGGGACCUUCUGCGAAUAAAGCGGCCUCAGGAUCAGCAGCACUUCAUGAAUCAUCGUCCUCAUCAAACACAGCCACGGCCUCAGGAUCAGCAGCACUUCAUGAAUCAUCAUCGAACACAGCCACGAUGAAAAAUGCAACAGCUGAGAUAGAUGGGAGUAUGCAAGCGAAGAUAGCUGUCGCUCAGUCUCAACAGUACAGACGUAGACUCUCGAAAUUGACGCAAAACAGCUCCUUGCCUGCUGUGGCGGAAUACAUUACUGAAUUUUCUGCACAUGCUUCGGCGGGACCUGACUCUACGAGCUGUGUCUCCUUGCAGUUGAUUCCGAAACAGCGGAACAGGAACACUGUAGACCUUCAGACCUCUGAGUCCGAAUCUGACGUACAGGAGUUAGUCCUCUUAACCGCAGGCACAGACCAAAUGGCACGGGUUUGGCAGCACGUUGUGGCAGACGAUAUUCGUGGACUUGGAAGUGAGAAGAACCCUAGUACAACUGGAGAGGGGGCUGUGGAGGAGCAGGAGGGUGAAGAAGGUAUGAAGAUAAAUGGCACUUUUACUUCAGGCAAAAAACAUGACCACGAGCAUCCUCCAUCUUCGACAUCGGCGACGACAAGGAACAGUGCAGCAAACAACUCUCUUGCACCAAAAGCUAAGCCUUCUCUUCUAGAGGUGAAGCAGAUAAGUCAUUUACGUGCAUUUGGUCGAAGUCGUUGGCGAUUUCCCCUAGAAACUCAAGUUUUUGGUACUGAAGUUGUAGAACAAGCUAGAUUGAUGGAGGCACCGCGGAUGUUGCAUGAUCAGAAUGGACGUGGGGGUUGGAACAACUACAGUAGGGGGGGUGUGCAACAUGGUGGGGAUGGAUAUGAACAGUAUCUAUGA